GGGCAUCUGGCAAGACAAACCAGAGAGAGAGACCAAUCCCGUUACUACAAAUUUAACAAUGUACAGGCCUCAAAGAGAGAGCUUUGCCAUUGAAGUAAGGGGCUGUGCAACCCUAGACCGACACCAUACCCCUCAAGCUCAAGCCAGCACUCUCUCUCCCAAGUUAAACUUCUCUGCAAUGAAGCUCUUUAACCGUUUCCGGAAGAUUCUUAUGCGGCUCAUAUUUUCUCUUCCUUCUGGCGGAUCUUCUGGCACGUCCAGCAUGGCUCCCAAGCAAACGAACUGCGACAGGUUCGAUCCGCCAAAGACUUCAUGCAGCUCGUAUUACUCGUCCCAUUCGCACUACACCGAGGCCAUUGCUGACUGCAUUGAGUUCUUUAACAAGUCAUCCCAAGAGGGGAUUAUGGAUGGUCGGAAAUCCGAUGUUUUGGUUUGAUCAUCAAAUUAUAACCUUGGCUGCUACUCCCCUCCAUUAC